GGAGGGAUCUUUUUUCACGCUUUUGCUUUUUAUUUUUUUGCUUUUAGUUUAUGGGCUGACUUUAAAUUGUUAAUAUUGUUGAGGUGUCAGGAUCUCCGGUUGCUCCUGAAUCAAUUUUCCUUCUUCCUAAAUUGUGGGUUAUGUGUCUUUUUAACCUUUUAUGAUACACACAAUUAAUAUUGGUAUGAUGGAUAAAUCUAUUAACUUUAUCUCGUGGAAUACUAAUGGUUUAAAUCAUCCGAUUAAACGUAAAAAAAUAUUUAAAGUAUUCCAUAGAUUGAACGCUAAUAUUAUUUUUGCACAGGAGACCCAUAUUAGGAGGGAGGAUAAUCAACGUUUUUUUAGGUUCUGGAAAGGACAACAAUUUCACUCAAAUUGUACCGCUAAAAUUAGGGGUGUGUCUAUUUUUAUAGACGCCUCAAUUUCGUUUACACAUUAUGAAAUUAUUUCGGAUCCACAGGGUAGAUUUUUGUUGAUAACUGGUUCACUUUUUAAUCGGAAAGUUGUUUUAGUUAAUAUUUAUGCUCCAAACUUUGAUUGUCCUGAAUUUUUUAAACGUUUAUUUACUUCUCUUCCUAACUUGAAUGAAUAUAUGUUGAUUAUGGGUGGAGACUUUAAUUGUUGUUUGAAUCCUUCGAUGGAUAGAUCUAAACCUAUUCGAACUCUUCCGAAUAGAUCAGCUUUACUUAUUGAUUCUUUUAUGGUUGAUUCUGGAAUUACUGAAAUAUGGCGGUUUUUGAACCCUAAAGAUAAAGAAUUUUCAUUUUUUUCACAUGUUUAUCAUAGUUAUUCUAGAAUUGAUUAUUUCCUUAUUGAUCAUCGUUUAUUAACAGAUGUUAUUGAUUGUAAAUACGAUUCUAUUGCUAUUUCGGAUCAUGCGCCUUUGAAGUUAUCUAUCAAGAUUCCGGACUCUUCUUUCAAUACUAGAUCUUGGAGACUUAAUGCUACUUUGCUUCAAGAUCCAGAAUUUAUUACCUUCAUAAAACAACAAAUUGACUUAUUUUUUUCAACAAACUAUAAUGAAGAGAUUGAUAAAGGAAUACUUUGGGACUCUUUCAAGGCUUUUAUUCGUGGACAAAUUAUUUCAUAUUCCGCUGGAUGCCUAAUGCUGUAUAGUUCAUCCGUGGGUCGACUAUCAAGAGCUGCUGUUCAAGUUGGUCUUUCCAGGUGUUGUAGGAGAACCAGCGAAGUUAAACAUUUUUUCCUUAAGGUUAUUCCUCCAACUACAUGCAGAACAAUGGCUAAAAGUAAAUUUGAAUAUGUUCGUAACUUUGAAGCAGAUGAUACUUGUCUACAAAACUGUUGGGUUGUGGUUCGACUAGAUGGCCGAAAUUUUCACAAAUUUGCAGAUCGGCAUGGUUUUAAAAAGCCCAAUGAUGAGCGAGCCCUUCAUUUGAUGACAAAGUGCGCAACGACUGUCAUGGAAGAACUGAAUGACAUUGUAAUUGCAUAUGGCCAAAGUGAUGAAUAUAGCUUUGUCUUCAAAAAGAGAAGUAACUGGUUCAAGAGAAGAGCAAGCAAAUACAUAAGCCACGUGGUCUCCCAGUUUUCUUCCAGCUUUGUUUUCUACUGGAAAGAUUUCUUUAAAGAUGAGCCUCUCUUAUUUCCACCUGGGUUUGAUGGGAGAGUUGUUCUGUAUCCCAGCAACCAGAAUCUCCGCGACUACCUAAGCUGGAGACAGGCUGACUGUCACAUCAAUAAUCUUUAUAACACAACGUUCUGGGCCCUUGUGCAGCAAGGUGGUUUGUCUAAUAGUGAAGCUGAAGUGAGGCUGAAGGGCACUGUUGCAGGAGACAAAAAUGAGAUUUUGUUUUCGGAGUUCAGUAUUAAUUAUAAUACCGAGCCUGAAAUGUUUAGGAAAGGAACUGUACUGAUAUGGCAAAAGGUUGAAGAAGCUACUGAUAAACUGAUCAUAACUCCUGCUACACCUGAGGGGAGAAAUGUCGUGGUUAAAAGGACUCGCAAUAAAGUUCUCCCGUUACAUGUAGAUAUCAUUGGAGAUGGAUUUUGGGAAGAACAUUUGGAGAUCCUUGCUGAGAAUAGCUAGACUGAAAGCUUUGCUUCCCAUAACUCUUGAAGUUUAUUCACAAGUACUGUACUGAUGCCAUGGGUAUCUUGCGCAGGUGGUCAUUUUUAGUAUUAAUCUGCUACAUUUUUGGAAAGGAGGGUGCAUCCUAACACAGCCUGCUUCCAACAUUGACAUGUGGAACUUCAAUGAAGUACACUGGGUGGUAUGCAAGCAGAAAUAGGAAUCCCUCUUUGGCUAAUAAAUGAAUGCUAAGCAUAAGUAUUUUUGGAAGAGACUGCAAAAUGUGGGAUGGUAUCCUGAUUUCAGUUACAGUUGAAUGUAUAGAUAUCCUCUUAAUGUUUUACCAUUUCACUGCAGAUGUUUUGACAAUUUUCAUUAAAAUAAGUCGUUUUGUAUCGUGAAA